AUGCAGAAGACUGUAGACAAGUAUUUUAGCACUUUGAGCAGCAAGUCUAAGGACUCGAAGCGCAAGCUAAUUUAUACCUGGAUAGAAAACCACGAAACCCUGAAGCUGUUAUAUGAAGACCCCAAAACCGCAGACCUUAAGUACUUAAGACCCGUUGGUGUGGCUACCAUUCUGUCUGCCGAGGCCGAACAGGAGCUCGUGGGCUGGGUGAACAUGCUACGAAAAGAUGGCGUGCCUGUGAGUGGGCCUAUGCUAGAGAUGCAAGCACUUGAAAUCGCCGCGGAACAUGAUGUUCUAGGGUUUAAAGCUUCGUGGCACUGGCGGAAGGGGUUCUUGCGUCGCCAUCAACUCAGUUUACGAGCUCGAACACGUCAAGGAAAGAGGGCAUGCUUAGUGGGUGAUAAAGAUAAAGAUCUAUCAUCCGACGACGACCUGGCUGACGACAGCGAAAGCGACGGAGAAGACAAUGAAUGA